AUGGCACGUCUUAAUGGUAGUAAUCGUGCUGCUUGGAAUGCAAUGGAUUUAGAAAUUGGUGUACAAGUUCCACCAGUUACUGCACGUAGUGGAGUAGAAGAUUCUGGUGCACUCUCGGCUCGUAAUGUAUUAUUACGUCAAAAAUUACGUGAGCGUAAACGUUAUGACUCGGCAGAUGAUGCGAUGAAAAAAGCAGCAGCAGCAUCAGCACGUGCAACAACUGGGUCGCUAAAUGAUAAGGUGACGGGCUUGAAUCAGAUGUCUUCCCACGUCAUGACAUUGCCGAAUCAGACGUACGUUAGAGAACGGCCAUUUUCACCGGCACAAAUGGGUCAAUCGGCUUUUUUUAAUGCGAUGGAAAGUCGUACUGAGAAGAAACAACCGAUGCAUCGAACGAUCUCUACAUCAUUGUAUGAGCCAUCAUUAGGAGGAGCAGUUGAAGGUCGGAAUCUAUUGAUUCAACGUAAACUACUACAGAGCAAAGUAGGGGCUGACUCGGUCGAGUAUCAGACACAAAACGAUGGACAUGAGAUGGUACAAGAUAUGGAAGAUACAGACAUGAAGAACGUGGGAGAGAUGGAGCGUAGUAAUGCAGAGGUUGUAAGCUCUCCUAGUUCAUCAUUUGCAGCAACUUUAAGUCGACGACAGCAAUUGGCAAGUAUGAGUCCCAGUCGUGCUGGAAAAUAUGGUGCAUUAGAAAACAAGAAAAAGUCGAGUCGACGAGAUUCACAAGAGCAGCAACGGCAUCAAAAGAGUCCGUCAAUGUGUGCUUUUAUUGAUAUUGGUACAGAUGAAAACAAGGUACUACCGAGUGGAAGAUCCGAUUAUGGCAAGCUUUCUGCUGCUCAUGUGUUGAUCCGACGUAAAUUAAAGGAGCGAAAAAGGUUUGACUCGGCAGACUAUGCGAUGGAGAAACAGGGUCGACCAAUGGAUGUGCCUGCUGAGAUUGCUGCCGACGUUAUUGCUCCAGGUACGACAGCUUGUGGACAUAGCACGCUUGGGAUGUCGCAAGCGGCAAUUAAUCACCAAGUGAAGCAUAUUAAACUUUCCGAGACUCCUAGCGGACGUGCCAUGUCUUCAGCAGUUGGUAAUGCAGCUCAGGCUGCUUUGGCGGCGCGGGCAGCUCGCUAUGCAGGAUUGAAGAAAAAAGGGAACAUUAUGGCAGACAACAACCUAUCACAGGGAGGGCUCGAUCGAUAUGGCCUUGACAAGAGCGCGACGCCUUCAGGUGCAGCCGCCGCACGCAAUUUAGUGCUACAGCGCAAGCUUGCGGAGCGUAAAAUGUUUGACUCGGCUGAUCACUUCAAGGAGGCCGCUUGA